AUGGCUCCCUCCGACCGUCUCACCCAGGUCAACAAGCACCUCAACUACCCGGCUGGCAUGCUCGCCGGCCAAGUAGCCAUCAUCACUGGUGCAGGCCAGGGUAUCGGCGCCGAAGCAGCACGCCUCUUUGCCAAUGAAGGUGCCAAGGUAGUCGUCGCUGAUAUUGACAGCAAGAAGGCGAAUGCUGUCGCUGACGCUAUCAACGCCGUCGAGCCGGGCCGUGCACUCGCUGUCGUCGGCGAUAUCCUGGACGCCAGUUACGUCGAGACGCUGGUGAAGCAGACGGCCGAGUUUGGCGGUGGCAAGAUCCAUAUUAUCAUUAACAAUGCCGGGUUUACCUGGGACGGUGUGAUUCACAAGAUGACAGAUAAGCAAUGGGACACCAUGCUAGCCGUACACAACACGGCGCCAUUCCGUCUCGUCCGCGCCGCAGCCCCGUACUUCCGCGUUAAGGAUAAGGAGCCCCGAGUUAUUAUCAACAUUAGCAGUACGAGCGGUAUCCACGGAAACGCCGGCCAAGCAAACUACGCCGUCGCCAAAGCCGGCGUCGUCGGCCUAACCCGCACAAUCGCCAAAGAAUGGGGCCCGGCCUUCGGCGUCCGCUCAAACACCAUCGCCUUCGGCUACGUGACCACCCGUCUUACAGCAGCCAAGGAAGCCGGUGCUUUCAUCACCACGCCCGACGGGACUAAGGUUGCCCUCGGUAUCCCCGGGAAGCAGUUGGAUGGGAAGAAGGGCGAUGAGGCGGCCGCUUAUCCGGAUAUUCCGCUGCGCAGGCCGGCGAGUCCUGAGGAAGCGGCCAGGGCGGUGCUGGGUGUUGCGAGUCCGUAUUUCUCGUAUGUUAAUGGGGAGACUAUUCGGGUUACUGGGGGGAGGAAUAUGUAA